GCUCACACUCUCCACCGAAUCGAUUAGCUAAGCUAGCAUGGACACAAAGGCGUGCAUCUCUCUUGUAAUCCUCGCGCUCGUGCUCGCCGGCCCGGACACGAGUGCUGCGGCGCUCGCCGGCAUCCACGCGGCGGCAGCAGUGAUGCCAAUGUCGUCGGCGACGACGAUGAAGCUUGAGGACGGGGUGGCGCCGGAGCUCUUGGAUUCGACGACGGUUGACAUGGAGGAGGGGCACCGCCGCGUCCUCGCUGGCAGAGGCAUCACCGCGAGUUCCCUGAACCCCAACAAGGCCGCCUGCACCCGGACGUGCCCGGCGCGCGGACGGCCGUACACCGGCCGGGCAUGCCUCAGAAGGUACCAGUGUCGUUAGGGACAGUGAUCGUUACAGCACUUCGUCCGACGUCCAUGGGUGCACUCCCGUUCGAUCGGUGUAUUGCUGCAUAUUUCCAUCUGCAUUUUGCCCGUGUCGUCUCGUCUGCGAUCGCCAUGUAUGUUGAUAUUGAACUUUGCACGCAGUCUUGUCUGUACAACUGUCGAAUGGUGCUGAUUGUACCAUCCAAUCAUGGUCGAAAGAAAAUGUGGGCAAAUCCGCAAAUGUAAGCUACAUCCUGUGGUGAUUGUACCUCGUUGGCAUAAGAGACCCGCAGCGGAAAAGCCAUGAAUAUUUUACAUACCCAUUAUUAGAGCAGGAGCCGCAGUCAUAUGCUGCCAUCACCUAG